CCACACUCUUUAACAUUAAGUGUCUUUGUGUGUUUGUGGCCGGUGUGUGAUGGAGGACCAGUCCCGGCUGCUGCAGCCUCACCCCGGGGUGGCUCUGGCGGUGCACUCGCUCCCUCCUCACUCCCAGGCGGACGGAGGCGACCCCGAGGGACGGAAACAGGACAUCGGCGACAUCCUGCAGCAGAUCAUGACCAUCACUGACCAGAGCCUGGACGAGGCUCAGGCCAGAAAACACGCGUUAAACUGCCACAGGAUGAAACCGGCUCUCUUCAGCGUGUUAUGCGAAAUCAAAGAAAAAACAGUGCUGAGUAUUCGAGGUGUCCAAGAAGAGGAGCCCCCAGACCCACAGUUGAUGAGACUGGAUAACAUGCUGUUGGCUGAAGGAGUAUCUGGGCCUGAGAAGGGUGGAGGGUCAGCAGCAGCUGCAGCCGCAGCAGCAGCAUCGGGUGGAUCACCGAAUGACAACUCCAUCGAGCACUCUGACUACAGAGCCAAACUCACACAAAUCCGACAGAUUUAUCACUCAGAGCUGGAGAAAUAUGAGCAGGCAUGUAGUGAAUUUACCACACAUGUUAUGAACUUGCUUCGUGAACAGAGUCGGACCAGACCUAUUUCACCAAAGGAGAUCGAACGUAUGGUUUCUAUCAUCCACCGAAAAUUCAGCACCAUCCAGAUGCAGCUAAAACAGAGCACGUGUGAAGCAGUCAUGAUCCUACGCUCUCGUUUCCUUGAUGCAAGGCGGAAACGACGUAACUUCAGCAAACAGGCCACGGAAGUCCUGAACGAGUAUUUCUACUCCCACCUGAGUAAUCCCUACCCUAGUGAGGAAGCCAAAGAGGAACUGGCAAAGAAAUGUGGUAUCACAGUGUCACAGGUACAGCCUACUCUCCCAGCUUCAGCCUGGGAUUCGCCUGCAGUCCACAUCCACAGAUAUCACUACACAUUUCCCUCAAGCCAGCUUGGAGAAACAAGCAAAGCAACAAAUGUGUCGAAUUGGUUUGGUAAUAAGCGAAUCAGGUAUAAGAAAAACAUUGGCAAAUUCCAGGAGGAGGCCAAUCUUUAUGCAGCCAAAACUGCGGCAGAUGCCACGACUGUGGUAGCCCAUCAAGGGAGUCAGGCAAACUCCCCUUCCACGCCCAAUUCAGGUUCUUCUGGUUCUUUUAACAUGCCAAACUCUGGAGACUUAUUCAUGAACAUGCAGUCACUGAAUGGGGAUUCUUACCAGGGUUCUCAAGUUGGAGCUAACGUGCAGUCACAGGUGGAUUCCCUGCGUCAUGUUAUACACCAGACAGGCGGAUACAGUGAUGAGAUGGCAGCAAGCCAGAUGUACACCCCAAGACGUAUAGAUGCUAAUGGCAGCUGGCAGGAUGCUACUACCCCAUCUUCUGUGACUUCACCCACUGGAGGACCUGGCAGUGUCAACUCAGACACUUCCAACUGAUGAGCUGCCAGCGAUCAUCCACUGCCCACUGGCUUUCAUUUCACUUGACCCAUAGGAUGAGAAGAAUUUGAUUCCAACCUGAUUUCAUUGGAAGGGUCAUUGGGAUUCUUUCUUGGGUAGAAGCUCCCUGCCACCUAUUUGUAAAUAUAGUAGGACAAGAAAAGGUAUUUAUACAUUUUUCACACAACUGAGUGCAGCCAAUUACCUCACUGUAAAACCCUUUUAAAACCAAUAGAGGAAUGCUUCCUGUUUAGGUUACAGUGCUUACACACUACCUCUCAGCAAUAUACACUAGACUUACGCUCAUACUUUAGCCAUCACCUUACGUUUGUGAGUUUUAUCCCAUCCCUUGAACCUCUAUCAGUGUUGCAAUGUGCAAGUUUAAAUUCAGCUCCACGGGUCAGCUGUAUUAGGAAAACAGUUCACUAACAGACUGAUGCAUGAAAAUAAAACCCAAGUUAUUACUGCUUUUAAAAGUCUCUGCUCCUAAGUGAGCAGGUGUUUAGCUGUGUUUUGUGUAGGUUGAAGUGACUGCAGAAACAGACAUCGAACCCUACACUGACCAUGUGAUUGUUGUGGGGUAUCCAGGUCUACUCAACUAAUGCAGACUGACUUUUUUUUGCUAAUGACGUGUUAGUCUUUAGUGUCUGACUAGAAGUUAGUAUUUGGUUUUAUGGAUGUACAGAGCAGCUCUGAAUCUGGCUAGGAAUCAAACAAAAUAUUUCUCAGGGCUGAUUUUAGACCACUUCCUCUUCAAGCUUGGCAGCAGUGGACAAAAGAUAGGCACCACUGUGUUUAAAACAGGUGUUUCAGGAAUACAUACAGGACAUUUGGGAAUAUGGAGCACCGUGUUUAAAAAGGAAAACUCAUUGUGCAAGGAUAAUUGAAGGAUGGACCUCAGUCGCCCUGUGGAAAGUCUCUGUUGGUGACUGGGCUGACUCAGACCUGGUCUGCACUUUCCUGUAUGAUUUUGAUGUUGGAGCAGUGAGGUAGCACUGUGCCUGGUGACAGCUGAUACUGUUCUGCACUGUUCUGCACAGUGUGAAUGUUAACAAUGGCCAAAGCCCUUUAUUAACUUUUUCUUAAAAUUGAAAUUCACUAUGUAAAGGAAAAUAGAAAUAAUGGAUAAUAGAUUUUUGUUAGUUAUUGUGACCUUAUGUACUCUGUAGUUCCAUCCCUUAGUUACCCUUUAUCAGAAAUCUGCUUUUCUGAUUGAGUCCCAGUUAGUACAGCCUUUUGUGUAAACUCCUUCUCUGUUUCAAAAUUGCAAAGUUACUGGAUUGUUUUCAAUGGGGAAAAGGAAUUAUUGGACAACUCUGGGAAUCACAGUAUAGAAUAAAACAGUCCAUGGUAUAAAUGGAAUGAACAGUGGGAGACAGAAGCAUUUCAUCUAGUAGGGAUGAGGAAGUCUUCUAGUGUGGUAACUAGAAAUUAAACGGAGUUUGAAAUGCUGAGAAAGUUUAAUUUAGUAAAGUGAUGUCGGACUGCAGGAAUGGUCUGUGCCCAGGACUGGCACUUUCCAAUGUUUCCACUUGGGAUUUUAUAAAUCAUUCAACAUAGACUGUCAAAAGUAACCUUAUAUUGAAAAACAAGAUUGGAGUUGUGACAUUCCUGAAAAUCAGUCCUUUUUGUAGUUGCCUUCUGUGUGCAAUUAAUGUCUAUCCAAAUCUACACUGCCUGUACCAAAAAUCUCCAUAACACACAGACGCUCACACAAAAAGUACACAUGGUUCAGCUUUACUAACUUUUUUAAUCUUCCGUUUCUGGCGUUCUGUCUCGAUGGUUGUGGUGUUUGAACUUUUGAAAUUUGAUGUCAUUGUAAAAAUUCUAAAUCCCAAAGGUAAUUUUUACUCUGUGAGCGUGCAGACUCAGUUACUGUAAAUGUAAAGACAUGACUGAUUGAAGUUUCAACAGGACUCUGUCCCAGACAGAUUCCCGAGCUCUUUUUUUUAAAAAAAAUGUGGAAGCUGAGCUUUUCAUUUGCUGCAAGACCCUUCCUGCCCCCUAAAUGUUACGUGUUUUGCUAUGAAUGUAUUCAGUCCCUAUGAAGCUUUAGGCUGCCGUUUCUGUGCGUUGGUCCAAGGUGAUCUGUGCAGAUUUUGGAUUUGGAAGUUAUGGAACACUGUUGAAGAUCACACUGUGGAAAAAAAACUCAAACUGCAGGACGGCUGUGUAAGAAUCGGGGAAUCCGGGAUGACUGGGAGCAUAAACAAAAGAACUAGUCAGUCACUCCCUGAAAAAGUUCCAACUUUAAAUAAAAAUAGCCUCAUAAGUAUUUUUUCUUUAAUUGCAAGAUAUUUUUUUUGGUGUCCAUGUAAUUUUCAGCAAGUGGAAGAUUUAUAUGAAUCGGAUGAAAAUCUGCUAGGAAAGUCUGAAAUGUAUUCGGCCUUGGGACAGCCUGCUGUUGCAGCUGAUAACCACAGGAGUGCAGAGUUCCCAUCUCAGCACUGAUCACUUUAGACCUCGGCAUAAGAUGCUGCGUUAACUUGUUGAGCCGCCACCAGUAGAUGACCAAGACUCAAAUAAUAGUUGAACUUACAUUCAUUCUGGAUGUGUUCUGCACGUCUAAUGUUUACAGUGUUUCAAUCCGUGGCCAACAUGGUGGCGUAGCCUUUCCAAACUAUCUGCCGAUUACAGAAAGGGUCCUACAGUCCUGAUCAUUUUAUUUCACUCUGGAAGAGUGAAGCAGUGUAAAGCUCCAUUAAUCUGAGAUUGUGAUCCACUAGCGUAAAUCAACGUUCAAUUCAAAGGAAAUACAAGAGAUUUCUGUUUAUUCAGAUGGAACCAGAGGUGUGGGGGAGGGGGGGAGAGAAACAUUUUUAAAGAAAAUGAUUUUAAUCGGACCAUUUAGUCUUUACCAUUUUUCUAUCCGCAAAAUAUAAAAGUGGAAAUUCAGGUUGCAACUGCAGUUUGUACGGGGAAUAAUUUGUCAGGAGGGCAUCUUUUUAAAGGCAGCCCCUUGAUUCCACUAACACCAGUCUUUCACAGGGCGAGAAACCUUACAUGGUAAUGACGCUCCCUCCUCUUCCUGCACUUAUUUGCAUUUUUGGGGUGGGGAAGUUAACUACAUAUACAGAGAUGUUCUGAACACACCAAUCUUAUCGAUAGUUUCUGUUUAUAAAACAUUUCAUUUGAAAAUUGAAUUUGCUAUUUUUUUCCCCUCCAGAAUUUUUUUUUAAGAAGUCUUCUCCUACCAGAUGGGAGUUUGGUCUCACAGAGGUACUUGUAACAGCAGUAACAAUACACUGUAAACUAUUGAUCACGAUUAAUGCAAUGAUUUAUAACUAAUCUUACAAAGUCACAUUUAAAAAUUUAAUAGAAAUCAGAGUGCUGGCAAGAUGAGUCAUUAAUUAUAUUUGUGGUUCAGAGACACCAAUACUUAGUACCUCAGAUUUUUUAAACAAAGCUUUCCUUCAAUAAAAAAUUCAGAAACAAAACUAGGUAGGAGCUGGCAACAGGAAAUAAAGUAGCAUUAUUGAAAAUAUAAGACAAGUCAGACUAUAUGAAAUCUCAGUAAACCAUAUACUUUCAGUAGUAAUAGAAUAAGACCAUUCCAAAUGGGCAGGAUCAAUCAUCUGUUUAAAUAGAAGUCUACUGUAUUAAACUUUUUAUGAAGAUAACAGAAAACUUUAAAAAAGAAAAAUGUAUAAAAUUUGCUUUUAAAACUUUUGGAAAGUAACUGAGCACGGUGUGUCCUUUUUUCAGUUACUGGAAUGGGUUCAUGCCUUGGCAAACCUUUUCCUUCAAAACUAGAUACUGUGUAAACGGCUUGAUAGCAGUUUUGAAAAAAAUGUUAAGGAAGAGGUGUAUUGCGUUUUUAUUUGUAUGGUUAACACAAAACAGAAUAAAACAUUUCUUUUGCCACAAA